GUCAACUGCUCUCUCCCGUCGCUGAGCAACCAAACCAACUGAAUCUUUGAGCUUCCUCAUCAACAGAGAUUCCUCCGUCACUGGAAAAUGGAAACGUCGCCGCAGUUCAGGCUUCUCUUCGCCGUAUUGAUUUCUUCUCUCAUCGCCUUCCGAUCGUAUAAGCGGAAGUCGCUCGACCUCUCCGGUGGAGUUGCUGGAUUCCUCGUUAUGACUAUCCACUUCACCGCCGGUUUCAGGUACGGAGCUCUGCUGCUCGUAUUCUUUCUUACUUCCUCGAAGCUUACCAAGGUUGGCGAAGAGAAAAAACGACGCGUUGAUGUUGAGUUUAAGGAAGGUGGACAAAGAAACUGGGUACAAGUGCUUUGCAAUGGUGGAAUUGCAUCUGUUUUAGCUGUGAUUGCUUGUACAUUAACGGGUUGGCAGGACAAGUGCUUGGACACCAAAGAGUCCACAAUUGUAACAGCUCUUAUUGGUGGGAUCAUCGGUCAUUACGCGUGCUCUAAUGGAGACACUUGGUCGUCGGAGCUUGGGGUGCUUAGUGAUGCCCAACCUCGACUUAUCACUACGCUAAAGCCGGUGAAGAAGGGCACAAAUGGUGGAGUUACAAAGGCAGGACUCUUAGCUGCUGUGGCAGCCGGCGCCACUGUUGGAGUAACAUUCCUUGUGUUCGGACUCUUUACUGCAAGAUGUGCAAGUGAUGUAGCUCUCAAGCAACUCUUAGUCAUUCCAGUCUCUGCAUUAGCUGGAUUAUGUGGGAGUCUUAUUGAUUCUGUGCUAGGAGCAACCAUCCAAUUCAGUGGUUUCUGUUCUGUCCGGAACAAGGUUGUAGGGAAACCGGGACCAACCGUAAAGAAGAUUUCAGGUGUGGACAUUCUUGACAACAAUGGUGUGAACUUUGUCUCCAUACUCUUGACAUCGUUUUUGACUUCCGUUGCUUCUGUGUACAUUUUCUGAAUGGUGAAGCUAAUCUCACCUGUUUUCUGUACCGACUGUUUCCAUCUUUUGAAGCCAUUUUUUUUCAAUUUGAUUUCGUAGAAGUUAAUUUUGUUGUAUGCUGAGAUGAGUCUUUUAAUUUGAAACAUUAGUCU